AUGGAUGUAGACGUAUGGCUUGAUAAGUUCUAUACAGCAGAUGCCACAAUCCAAUACGCGAACAGCCCGGCGCGCUCCGUUAUUGAUGCUAGACAAAUGUUCAAAGCUAUAUGGGCCAAGUUCGAUGGAUUAAAACAUGAUAUUGUCCAUGUUGAUUAUGUGAGCCCCUGCAUCUAUCAUCGUUGUGAUGUUCGGUAUCUUGUCAAGGGAGACGAUCCCAAAACGCAAGAAAUCAAGGUUCCAGCGUUCGCUACGAUGUUGAUGAAGAGGGACGAUGAUGGAAGCUUAAAGUCGUAUAAGAUGGAGGUUUUCAUAGAUCCCUCGCCUGUAUUUGCACGCAUUUCCGAGAAAGGUCUAUGA